CAGUGCUAUCCUUUAGACUUUUAGCGAAUAGUAAAACCAAAUUUCUGUGUAAUAAACAAACAUCUGAAAUUAUGACCAGUUUCUACCAUAUAAUGAACGAUUACAUACGAGGAACACAAGAACUUUCUGCACGUUUUCGCGAUGCUCAAGAUACCUUCGAUGAUCAUAGGAACACCGCCACAAAUGAACAACUCGCAGAAGAUGAAUAUUUAAAGCAAACAUACAACAGUACAUUUGACAAAAAUUCGGCAGUAAUGAUUCAACUCCCAAGACAGGCUGACUUAAGAUCGAAGGCAGGAUUAGCCGUAUUGUAUGGAACCAAAGAUAAUUGUCUGAAUAAGUUAACAGAGGUAGUUCGUGACAUGGAAAAUUUAGCGGACGAAGUGAGUGGCGUUUUAGAAGGCCAAUAUGUUACCAGGAAUUUGAGCAAGAGUGAACAAGAUUACAAUUUUUAGCUAAUUAAAAUGGAGGAACGUCGGCUAAAGAUAUUAUAUUAAUAUUCUGAAAUGGAUCGCCCAGCAAGCUCUUCAAACAAAAAGAAAUAUGAAAAUUAUUAAAUAUUUGUCCAUAAUACCCAUUCAUGGUCGGUAUAUCUAAACAAGUUCCUCAAUAAACGUUCAG